ACAAAAAAUUCAAAACUCGCUUGCAAAUGAAGUCACUAAAUUCAAGUUUUAAUGCUGAAGCACUAAUUAAAAGAAAAGCUAUAUUAGAAAAAAACAAAUAACUUGAAGCUGUUGUACAAUGGUAUAAAGAAAACAAUGUAAGAGGACAUGCUGCAAUUAAAACAAGACAAUAUCCACUUAUUAAAGAUCGUGAAACAAUAAACCGUAGACUUGAUGGGAAAAUAGUCAAUGGUCUUGAAAGACAGUACUGUGCAAUUCUCUUGGAGGAAGAAGAGAUGUCAAUUGUUUCAUACAUUAAGAGUAAAAAUCGAGCAAUGCAAGGCAUAAACAAAGCAGAAAUAACAAAACUUGUCCUUGAUGUCCUGAAAGUUAGACAAUACACAAAUAAAAGAUUGAAAGAUGGCAGAAAAUUCAUAGCAUUAACUGCAAAUGCAAAAAACGCUUUGACAAAAAACAAGUAUUUAUGUUUCUUAUAUAUAUUUUUAAAAGGUAGUAAUAGUCAACAUGUUAAGAUAUAAAGAGAUUGCUUGUAGUUCCAGGAGUUGAAGCUUUGUAAGAGAAGCUUUUUUAGUUAAUUUUUUAUUUUUGUUUUAAACACAGUGUGGGUUAAUCGUUUUGGAUGCGCUUUAAAGCUAAGAAUCCAAGCUUAACACUCAAGCGACAAGGAAAUGUGUCAAUAAAUAGAGCUCUCAAUUGCACGAGGGAAAUGGCAUGUUUCCACCUUGACGCUCUUGCAGAAGAAUUGAUUGAGACUGACAUUAUGACUGAAGCAGUACAAAAAGGGACAGGAGUUUGGUCUGGAAAUAUUGAUACAUGCAGAAUAUUUAAUCACAAUGAAACACCACAGUUCAUCAAUUUUGGUGUUGAUGGUAUUCCUGCUGGCCUUGUUUUUGCUGCAAAAAGGGAAACGUGCUGUAAAAUGAUCAGAGAGAACCAUGAAUGCGUCACCAUACAUCCUCUAGUAUCAUUUUCAGGAGACCUUUGUGUCUGUCAAGUACUUUUUGGUACCGUUGGAAUAACUAAUCAAAUGGCUCCAAAGGAAGCUGUGGUAAAUAUUCCGCAUCUUCUGAUAACAACUUGCAACCAUGGUGUAUCUGAUCACAAUUCGUUAUUAGAUAUGUACAAAGAGUUUGAUAAAUAUCUUACUGAAAAAAUAGUGGCACGACCAGUAGGUUUGCUUUCUGAUGGGCAUUGUUCACGUUUUAAUUUUGAUGUCUUAAAGUUUUUACAAUCAAAAAACAUACGUAUGUUCUUAACUCCACCAGAUACCACUGGUGUGACACAGCUUUUAGACCAACUCAACAAAAACCUUCAUCAUGAGUAUCGUGGUAUGAAAGAAAACAUUUUUACUGAUUUCAAUUAA